AUGAGUUCCUCCCUCGACAAUUUCCGCCGCCUCGACGUGGACCAAUACGACCCGGACCGAGUGCUCGAACACGAACUCUACACACCCGACCCACGACCGGUGCAGCAAGUCCUCAGCGAUACACAGACCAAGGCGAGCAAUACGAGGGCUCAUCUGCAACGGGGGGACGUGGUUACCGCGUUGCACGAGGUGCUGGACCAGGCGCCUUACGGGGAAGGGGUGCAGCAGGCCAAGGUGAGUCGGGCGCGGGGUGGUGCAUUGUUUUGGGAGGGGUUUUUUGUGUCGGUACACAAACAUAUGCAAUAUGCAAUAUGCAGAUGCACGUGCACGUGCUCGUGCUCGAUGGCUGCUACAACGCGCUCUUGCCCGCUCUUGCCCGCUCUCACGUCCGCACCCCCCACACAGCCUCACCCAGACGCGCGCUCACCGCUCUUCCAAUCUGACGUGCAAUCUCUUCCACCCUCCAGGCCAUCGCAUUACAAUCCGUACUCUCGAUCCUCAACUCGACCCGCUCGACCGACAUCCCUCAACUGAUCCAAGCCCUCGACCCGAACGAGAAGGUGAGCUUCGUACCUUGAUACGAGCCCGCCGACUUGAAAAGCUGCUUCACGCUCCCUGUUUUUCUCAUUCUGAAUCCUACAGGUCACUUUGAUGAAGUACCUCUACAAGGCGAUGGAGAACUUGGGCGAGACCAGUGGGAACGUCGUACUGGGCUGGCACGAAAAGGUACGAAACCGGCAGAAUUCGGACCUCUCUGCCAUGUGGUACUAG